GCCUGGCGCAUCCGUUGGGGAUCUGGAGGAUGAAAUCGCCCCAGCCAACCCUAGAAGCACGGCAGUGGUUUCAGCGCGUUCUUGAUUCCAGUGAGUUGACUGGCGGCUGGGUAAGAGGACGGCGGCGUGGGUGCAGUGUAGGCGACCGGGCGCGAGGUAGCGGCAAUUCACCGGCGGCGGCUAUGGACUUCGCCUGGAAACAAUGAGCAGACUGUGAUUGCAGUGUGGCAAUCUAUAAUGGCGCAACUACGGGAUGCGCAAAUGGUGGCGCUGUGGUGGAAGAGGGUGCGUGCAGCCAUGUCCGGUCGGCAUAGCCGGAUCCAUCCUGGUGGCCAUCGUGCAAGCAGCAGCAGGUGCCAGCGACGGAGAAGGUGGCGGGCAGGCCGAUUCAGCGGAGUGCAGCGUGAAUAUGGAUGAAAAAAAGAUGGACUGGACCAAGAGUUGCUGCGCAACCGUGCAGGGUGAGGGUGGGUCAAGCACCGCCAGAGAGGGCAAUAUGCCCUUUGAGGCUAGUGCCCUUGAGAAGUUAAUCUGUGACUACGCAGAAAAGCUGGGGGAUGAUAUCAUAGAUCCUUGCCUUGGGACAACUUUCAGUUCACUAAGUGAGGCUUAUGACUUCUAUAACCUCUACUCCUGGCAACAUUGUUUCGGCAUCAGAUAUGGGAAGAGCCGUCUGAAUGCAGAGAAGACAAAGUGCAUGCAGGAAAUCGUGUGCGAAUGCUCGGGCAAACCAAAGGAUGAAAACACGAAGUUCUGCCGGUGCGAGUGCCCCCCGAAGCUCGGGCUUCGAAGGACAUCUGACAGUCGGUGGUACAUUAUAGAGCACAGGUUGAAGCAUAACCACACAAUAAUGGACAAUUGUGGAAAAAAGGUAUUCUGUAAUGCACAUAGACCUGUACACCGAGGACCUUGUCCGUCAGCUAUGGGACAACAACAUAAACAUUGGGAAAGUGUGCAGAAUAAUCGUCGCCGCCUUCGGAAAUGCAGGAAAUGUGCUGUUCACAAAAUGGUCACUUCUGAACAUGUGUGGUUAGCUAAGCGGAUGGUGAGAGGCUCAGAGCAGAAUGAAGAAUCUAAUGUGGUCCAUUGUUGCACCCAAGACAAUUUUAACAUAUCAGUGCCGGCCAAUGGAAUUGGCAAUAGGGAAUGUGAUGCCUGCCACAACACAUCGGUGUUUCAAGUGGUGAUGGAGUAUGUUGGAGUCACAGAGAUCCAGAGAAGCACAUAUUAAAGCGAUGGACGAGGUAUGCUAGGUAUGUUCUGCCUGAUCACUUGAGGCAUGACUAGCGAGACCAAGUGAAUGGCAAAGAGGUGACAUAUAGUACAUUGUAGCCUAUACAUACUUGCAAUGGAAGUUGUGAGGCUCAGGGAUUCCAGCGCACAAACGAGAAAUGUGUGUCACUAUUUAAGGAAAAUCUUGUGGCGUUGGCGCCUUACGGAAAUGCUAGAGAUUGACUGGAAGAUAGAAUUGCUGGUGCUGUGAGGAAGCGAGCAGAAGUUCUUGACGAAUGAUAUGUAGAUUGCAGUGGCAAAAGUGGCAACCCGUUGCAAGAGCACAUGUAUGAAACAUGGGGCUACCUGACAUCGAAUGAUUGCUUCUCAUUAGCUUGCUUAUUAGCCUACUGUUAGUGACAGAAAAAACUUAAUUCUGACAAUUUGUAAGGGCCGAGUGUGUUUUAUGCAGAAAUCGGUAAUGCAGUUUUCGAUUUGCUGUUGA